AUGAGACAAGUUGAUUUUGUUCCAGUCUCCACUGUUGAGGUGGACGCAGUGGUAGGCAAGAGUGCUACCCUACCCUGCGACAUCGAAACGGAGACCAACGAAGACCGGGUCUACAUGGUCUUGUGGUUCAGACAUGCUGGCGGGAAACCUCUGUACAGCUUCGACGUGCGAGGCCGCGGCUUCAACAAGGCGCUACACUGGUCCGACCCCCACACCUUCGGCCAACGGGCGUACUUCGUGACGAUCUCCAGGCCGGCUGCCCUGACCAUUGACGGGGUCCAACUGGACGACGAGGGCCUCUACCGCUGCCGCGUCGACUUCAAGAACUCACCUACACGGAACUUCCAAAUAAAGCUCAAUGUUAUUGUACCUCCGCACCAGAUGUUGCUCUACGACAGCGCCGGAAAAGACCUCGCGGGAGUGAUCGGCCCUCUUGAGGAGGGCGGCGACUUCGCACUCACUUGCGAACUGAGAGGAGGUCGCCCCUCACCGAUGCUAACAUGGGUGAUCGACUCCACGCCCAUUGAGAAAACCGAGCGAGACAGAGCCGAAGGCAACACGAUCAUAAGCAAGCUGACCCUGAGGGGCGCUAAACGCAACUGGCUCAAUGCCACCGUGCGUUGCCAGGCCAACAACACCCGGCUGCAGAGCCCCUACGAACGAUCUGCUAGGAUCGAAAUGCUUUUACGCCCAACGUCAGUGGCGAUUGUGGACAAACCUAAGAAGAUGCUGGCCGACCGAGAGGUGGUCCUGGUGUGCAUCUCGUAUGGCAGCCGACCAGCCGCCCAGAUCACCUGGUACCGGGCCAAUAUGAAAUAUGAGAAGGGACAGGUCACCGAGUACUCCAACGAGACAACCACGUUCAACCAGCUCGUUAUGAUCCCGGAACCUGAUGAUGACGGUAUCACCAUGCGCUGCCGAGCUGAAAACACCAUCUUGAACUACGGCCUUGAAGACAACAUGCGUAUGCUGGUUGUUUACAAACCUGUGGUGAACCUGAUACUCGGGACCACUCUGAAGCCACAAGACAUUAAGGAAGGUGAUGAUGUCUAUUUCGAGUGCAACGUACAAUCGAACCCUAAAGAAUACCGCAUCCGCUGGUACCACAACGGGUUCCCCAUCAACCGGACGUCGGCCACAGCGUUCAUCAGCACCAAGUCUUUGGUGCUGCAGAAGGUUACCAGACACGACUCCGGCGUCUACACGUGCCGUGUCGUCAACGAGAUUGGAGACACGCUCAGUUCCCCCGUCUAUCUCAGGGUUCAAUAUAUGCCGUACUGCACACAGACGUCUCCAAUGCUGAUUGGCGCACAGAUCGAUGAGCCUAUGCGCGUCAAAUGCACAGUGACAGCUGAUCCCGCCGUUGUCACAUUCUUCUGGCAAUUCAAUAAUAGUGGGGAGAGUUUUCAGGUUUCUCCCCACCGAUAUAGCCCGCCUUUGCUCUUGUCCACGGACGGUGGGACAGUGAGUGAGCUCCGUUACAGGGCAGCCAGUGAGAGGGACUAUGGAGCCCUAUAUUGCACGGCUAACAACCCCAUUGGGGUGCAGAAGGACCCCUGCGUAUUCCAAGUUGUACCAGCUACUCGUCCGGCACCUCCUCGCAACUGCACACCAAUGGUGAUACCCCGACAGAGCGAACCAUUACUGGCUGUGAACUGCACCCCUGGCUACGACGGCGGGCUCCGCCAGUACUACACCUUGGAGAUCCAUGGACCCCACGCUCAGGUCUUGGUCAACACUUCGGCUGCUUCAACAGACGGAAAUGUAUGGCUUAACGUCACCUGGGACAUGUUGGAGGUCAUAGAAGACGAAGAUGAAAUAGUGGUAAUCGCAAGAAACAACAAAGGCCCCGCUGAACCCGUUAUCUUGAACACCACAGGCAUGGUGUUCAAACCCCCUAUGAAGAAUGAUGAGAAAAAGCCGAAAGAGGAUGCUACAGUGGCGGUUGCAGCCACUCUGAUCGCGCUGCUGAUGCUAGUAGCGGUCGCUGGGGCGCUGGCGGCGUUGGCUUUCAAAAAGAGGCCAGAAACAGCGACUGCCGUUGCCAGUAAGCGUCCCUCUCAGUCGGUAGUGCAAGUCGAUGGUCAGGGCAGGCGAUGCCUCUUCGCCUACCCAGCUUCACCGGACAAGGAAGUUAGGCCUGACGUUAUUAACCCGAGACCCGAUACGGCCCGUCCCCGCGUGGUGCUGGAGUCCAACGACGGGAAUGCUUACAUGCUGCAUGACCUGUCGGGAGAUUUGCGAGGACCCCCCCGUAGACCAGCAGGCCCUGAAGAGCCCCCCGUGGUACGUGCGGUCCCGCCUCGCCGCGGUCGUAUACCAGCAGAGCUCUGGGUGUAA